GCCAUCAUCCACAAGGCGACCGAUGCAAUCGUGGCUUGGGUUUUUCUCAAGGCGAGGCUCCGGGCCUGAGGUUGCCAAUGGUGCCUGCAUGAGGAAACUGCAGUUUCUUGCUGUUGAAUGUGCCUCUUUCUCUUGCCACUGCGCGCAGUUAUUUAGGAGCGCUUAUCCCGGUUGCCGCGCUCACGUUGUGCUCGCCUUCUUUUUCUCAUUUGAAUCGAGUGGACUCUUGUAUCCAUGAAUUUGUUGGUGCUGCACUUUUAAGACAAGCACUUGUCUGCAUUGUCUGCAGUAAACCGUCGCCAAGCAUUGUCCCUUCACCAGCCAUCUUCCUCCUCGCUGGCCAGCUGAAGCGCUGCCUCGCCUUUGGCGCUAACACUCGCCGCAAAUCAUCUACAGCUCCGCGCACAGCACAGAGCUCCACUCUGUAAAAGAAUAGAAGACCGCAAUGCCUCCAAUUCCAAACGUUCACGUGGUGUAUGACAACCGGCGAGUCCACAGGAUUGAUGACAGGGGCAAUGAGGCUUGGUCCUACAAACAUGCUCGGAAACGCAAGACAAUCAAAGUCUCCGAACAGAACCCAGAGAUUAUCCGACACAUCAAGGACCGUCUCUACAAGACAGCCCACAAAAACAAAGGCUUCCUUGGGUCCCAAGAUCGUGGAAUGAGAUUCGUUACUCGUGCUCAGUUUGACAACAUCAUCACACCCGAGGCUGUUCUUCAGGUAGUCGCCAAGCUGGCGUGUUACCAAGGCUUGACAGCAAGGGAUCAUAUGCAAAUUGCCCAAGAUAUCUACUGGGGCACAGAAGAUGGACGCCGCUCGCCCUGUCGCCGACUGCUUGCUUCCCUCAUCGGGACCGGGAAUUCAGAAGCACUCGGCAGCAUCAAAACACUGAUCGAUGAAGGCCUCAGUGACACCUGUCUUCCCCUCCUAGUUAAGGAAGUCAUGGAGGAGGACACGCUGAUAUGUGCUCACCAUGAACACCAACAUGCCUCCAUAAACGAUAUGGACCUGGAGUCUCGAGAGACUUUCACCGCCCUCUGUCGAUCCUUUUCAGUGCCCUUCAUCAAAUGGAAAGAUGGCGGGAAGCACUGUCACUACGUUUUGAAAAGCGGCGGCCCUCUUCCUAUGAGAGGGCCACUUCCAAUGGAGAAAAACGACAAGAUGAAUGAGGAAGGAGACUUUGGUGAGGUCUUCAAAGUUGAGAUUGACCCAGGCGACAGGGACUUCGACCCAGAGAAAAACACCAACUUUUUUGCUUUAAAGAAGCUUAAGAAGCAUGGUGACUCGAAUGGCACUUCUCGUGCGGACGAGUUCGACCUGGAAAUCAGGUCGUUGAUCUUCGCCGAGAGUCGAGCUUUGAAGGUACCAGGCCCGGAUGAUAAUGGGCAAACGAAAAGGCACUUGAUCCAGCCCCUUGCAACAUUCGAGGUGUACGAUUCCACCGAUCCAGAGCCGACAUUCUACUUUCUGUUCCCACUGGCAGAUUGUAACCUAAAGCAAUUCUGGGAGAAGAAGCGCCACGAUGCGACAAGGGAAAAGCAUUGUGGUUGGAUGGUUGAGCAGUUUUACCUACUUGCCAAGGCCCUGCAGUGCGUCCACAAUGAAAGGUCGCUGAUGUUCAGGUCAAAGAGAACUGAUUCCAACGUCUUUUGCCGGCAUGGAGACAUCAAACCAUCGAACUUCCUGUUCUUUGAGGACUCUCAACCCGGCGGUCUGGGCAGGUUGGUUUUGGGUGACUUUGGGAUGGGUAGAAUUCACCGCAAAGGAUCCAGAUCAAGCCAGCCGGCAGGGGAGAGAAUGGCCACGCUUUCUUAUCAAGCACCUGAGUUUGCCAAACAGGAUGUGGUGUCUCUCAAGACCGACAUCUUCAGUCUCGGAUGCGUUUAUUUAGAACACAUUACGUGGCUUCUGAUGGGCUUCGAGGCCUUGGACAAGUUUGCAGACGCCAGACUCGAGACAGAUCCCGUGUAUGGUUUCGAGACAGAUACCUUUUACAACGUGUCACAGUCCAAAGAUUCCGUGUGGCUCAAGGAGGGUGUCAAGCGUUGGAUCAGGGACCUGAAGCAGCACAAAGACUGCGUGGAAGUUGUAUAUGAUCUGUUGGAGAUCAUCGAGCACAACAUGCUCGAAGCAAACCACCAGAACAGGAUCAACUCGGUAAUGUUGGCUAACAAUUUGGAGAAAGUGUGGAUCAAGUGGCAACGUAAGGAUUCCCUCUACGGCGACAGGCACUGGAGAGAAAGUGAGAUUGGUUCCAAAGCAAUCAACAGGCCCAAUUCCAGUGCUAAAGUGCUUGCUAUUUCCAAAGAGCUCCUGUGGAAGCAAAAGGCUAACCGCGCGUCAAGACGGAAGAUCGCUGACAACACCACUCCAAACGACCACCAGAACCUUCCGGUAAAGGAAAUAACUACAGUCGAAAAUCCUUCUGGUCGCUUCGCCCUCGAAAGGGGCAAAACUUUCCACUGGACAAUGGAGCUGGAACUGCAGUCUGAAGAUGAUAGCGGCAGCGAUCGUGAACUUUCGGCAGAGAGGGCAGAGGAUAUAAUGACGAGAGUGCGUGCUUUGCGUCGAAUCAAGGCGCGAGAGCGAAACGAUCAGGUUGUCAAUCGGUUUCAGAAGAUGGACGACAUCUCAAGAAGCGAAGGUGAGCCUGGUUCAACCGGCAGCCGAUAAUGACAGAACGCGGUUCAACACCACAAUGUCGAGAGAGAGUGAAUUGUGAAGAAAUGGAGGGCUCGCCGUUCAACCUCGGUAUUUGUAAUGUGUCCGAAUCUGGCUCUCGACGUGUUCGAGCAUCGUCUUGGGAAUCAUCAAGGUUAGUUUUCGCCGUCCUCAGACGCAAGUUCUGUACUCACAUCGCUCAGUGGUUCAGGUAAACUAAGGAUCCAACGGUUGUCUUUCACCUGUUUUGUGCAUAUUAGCUUCCAGGAGUUGAAAAAGGGGCACAAAUACAUACGAGAUAGGGGAAGAGGGUUAGGGUUAUUAUAUGUCUGAGGUGGAAGCUAAGGACAGAAAAUGCGCAGAUGCUUUACCUUGACUGCGUAAUUCCCAGAUGGAUAGGCUGCAUCAAGCCAGCUCUUCAGCUUUCGCGGAUCAUUGUACUUUUGUCGCAUAACAUGUUCGUACAAGGGUUGACAAGAUUGGUGCCGUCCCAUGGCGCCACGCGUGCUGGCACAGCAAGAAGGGUUGGGUUUGUUGGGUGUUGAAACGAAUGCCUGAUUAGCCUGUCAUGGAAAUGGAAGAAAGGAGAGCACAGGAAGAUGGGGGAGAAAAGCCCAACUCAAGAUCACAUGUGUCACUUAAGGUAGCCAGUCCUCAAGCUGAGUCUCACACCGCUCCACAGAAGCUGCUGCUUUCCGGGCAGUGGAACUCUAGGAAACCAAGUUGUAUGUUCUGU